AUGUCGGCGUGUAUGUGGUUUGCAGAAGACCGUCGUGGGGGGCCGUUCAUUCUGAGUGCUCUGGAGGAUGCAAAGAAGACACUGGAUAAAGCCUACAUGUACUCACGAGUAGAAAGUCUGUCCCGUGCGCAGAAGAGCUCAGCUUGCCCUGCAGAUUUUCUGCGCCUGCUGAGGCAGCCGGCCCGGGACACUCGCUCAGCCGUGCGGGCUGCAGACUACAUGGACUACACCCUGAGACUGAUCCAACAGAGAGCUCACCACCUGCACAAGCACUCUGUCAAUGCUACAGAUUUGCUCACUCCUGAUGAACUGAACACCAUCGCCCGUGAGACUGGCUGUUCAGCCCGAGUCCAGCCUAUCUCCUGCCGCUUCAUCCCAGAGGUCAACAAGUACCGAACUGCCACUAGCAUCUGCAACAACCUGAGAAACCCUCGUUUCGGAGCCUCCAACACCCCCUUCACUCGCUGGCUGCCAGCUGACUAUGAGGAUGGGAUCUCCCAGCCCAGGGGAUGGGACAAAAGAAGACGCUACAAUGGAUUCUUACUCCCCCUGGUCAGACAGGUCUCCAACAUGAUUCUGGCCAGGUCUAAUGUUGAUAGUGACCGGAGAUACACCCACCUGCUGCCCAUCUUUGGCCAGUGGGUUGACCAUGACCUGACCUUCACCCCCACGUCUCCCAGCCUCCGCUCCUUCAGCAGCGGCGUUGACUGUGAUGAGAGCUGUGAGCAGGCCCAUCCCUGCUUCCCCAUUCCGAUCCCGAGCCAGGACCCCCGCUUCGGCUUGAACUCAAAAAGCUGCCUCCCGUUCCUCCGCUCUGCCCCGGCGUGUGUGACGGGGAACAGGGGCAUCCCGUUCGGGGCGAAGAAUGUGCGGCAGCAGAUCAACUCCCUGACGGCCUUCCUGGAUGCGGGGCAGGUGUAUGGCUCUGAGAGCAUGCUGGCGCGUGAGCUGCGUAAUCUCACCCAUGACCAGGGCCUGCUGCGCAUCAACCAGAGGUUCACUGACCGAGGGAGAGAGCUCCUACCCUUCUCUACCCUGAAGUUAAACCUGUGCCCCAACCCCUUGAACAGCUGCAGCUCCUCUAGACUGGAAGAGGUGCCCAGCUUCAUAGCUGGUGACGCCCGUGUGGACGAGAACAUUGGGCUCACCGCUCUGCACACACUGUUCCUGCGAGAUCAUAACCGCCUGGCGCGUGCCCUGAGCCAGCUCAACCCUCACUGGAGCAGCGACACGCUCUACCAGGAAGCACGCAAGAUCAUGGGGGGCUACCAUCAGGUGUUGAUAUUUCGGGACUACUUGAAAACCAUCGUUGGACCCAAAUACUUUUCUUUCUAUCUUGCCAAAUACCCUGGCUACAAUGACAAGGUGGACCCCAGCAUUGCCAAUGUUUUCGCCACGGCUGCCUUCCGCUUUGGCCACCUUACCGUCCAGCCCUUCAUGUUCCGUCUGGACGAGAACUACAGGGAACACCCUGAGUUCCCCAGUGUGCCGCUGCACAAGGCGCUCUUCACACCCUGGAGGGUGGUGUUUGAAGGUGGGAUCGACCCCCUGAUUCGGGGACUGGUGGGCCGCCCCGCCAAGCUCCACACGCAGGAUCACAUGAUGGUGGAGGCGCUCCGUGACAGGCUGUUCCAGUUUAGAAUCCGCGUGGCGCAGGACCUGGGCGCUCUGAACAUGCAGCGCGGUCGGGACCACGGCAUCCCGGGAUACAAUGCAUGGCGCAGACUAUGUGGCCUGUCUCAGCCACGGAACUUGCCGGAACUGACGCGGGUUUUGAGAAACUUCCCUUUGGCUCGCCGGCUGCUGCAGCUGUACGGGACCCCACACAAUAUCGACGUGUGGCUGGGGGGGCUCGCCGAGCCCCUCGUCCCCGGGGGACGUGUGGGGCCCCUCUUCGCCUGCCUCAUUACCGCCCAGUUUCACAAGAUCCGCCAGGGAGACCGGUUGUGGUGGGAGAAUGAGGGUGUGUUCACCAGUAGACAGAGGGCUUCUCUGGCCAGCGUCUCUUUGGCCCGUAUCAUCUGUGACAACACGGGCAUCAUGGACGUCCCCCCCGACCCCUUCCUCUACCGCCCCCAAGGGCUCGAACACGCCAGCUGCAGCACCAUUCCUGCCUUCGACCUCUCGCCCUGGAUCGACACACACAAGUCGCACACUGGCCUGAACAAGACAAAAACAAAGAAAUCUAAAAUUGAAUAA